AUAUAUUAUUCUACUACGCAAUUCCGACAGACUUAAAAUGCCGUGACCCUGUGCAUGGUUGUAUAUGUCCUUGCCGUACCAUAUAUUUAACGCCGGCGCCGAGUUGCAUGGGAGGAAGAUGAAGGUACAUUUGCUCUCGGACGGCGUAUCAUCUGGGCUGUAUUUCCUCUUCAAUACGGGCAAAAGGAAAGGGGCACACUUUUCAUCUUCAUCUUUUCGUUACGCAAAUCUUGAAAUUCCGUCAGAACCUGUGUCUUUUCGCAUCGUCAUUUUAUACCUGCCGAAUGGGAAAAAAAGCUUUAAAUAGCGUCAUUUUUGCUCUGCUUUCGUCUCCUUACCUUUCUGAGAAAGAAAUCGUUAAAACUGACUUUUAAACGGCUUCUUACUUGCAAAUGACCAAAUUAUUUUGGCUGACGUUGAGCUUGGUGACAUUCUCCUUCGUGCGAGGUGAUGAAUCGAACGAAUGUUGCAGUAGGCAAUUCAAUUUGAAAGAUCCAAGCUAUCCAUCAGUCAGAAGGGCAAACACAACAUUCACGUAUGCCUCCAAGGCAGCAAAUGGCAAUGUAACCGUCCAAGAUCCAUACAACUGGCUAGAGCAAAACGUAAGUACGACUGCAGAAAUCCAAGCAUUCUUGAAACAACAAACACAGUUGACACAAACGUAUAUCGAUAAUUGCGGUGAAUUGCAAUACCACAAAAAUACGAUCGAAUCCAAAUUUGAUUAUAUUUCAUAUGCUGCACUCGUUGAAUCAGGACCAAGAGAAGAUCCUACGUACAUCUAUAAUAUCAUAGGUCAAAAUGAUCAAAAGCCGAUUUGGUAUAUUGCCAAUCAAAGUGAAAUGGAUGAUGGCGUCAAGAACAAAUUUCGUCAGCCCCCUGGAUUGAAAUACUUCAACGAGAGUAUGCUGCCUGGAAAUGGAGCGCAAGGUGUACAGCAAAUGGUCGUUCGCAAGGAUAAACAAAUUGUUGCUUACACAGUUUCGCAAACAGGUUCUGACCUUACGAAUCUGUAUUUCCGAAACGUUUCCUCGCCAUAUGUGCAACCUCCCGCUAAACCUUCAGACAAUAUAAAUGGCGGCUAUGGUCGCUCUCCUGAAUAUUAUACGGAUAGCGGUUCGUAUACCUUUGCUUUCUCGCCCGAUAAUCAAGGUGCUUUCUUUGAUCAAAUCGAUAAAGGUAACAAUACCGACAGUCCCGCAAGUUACGUUCGUAUUCGAUAUCAUAAAUUCGGUACAGAUCCAAAAGAAGACAUCACAGUCGUAGACGUUGAUCAACAAAAUCCCGAUACGGUUUGGACUGUUAAUAUUUCUCAAGAUGAGAAAUGGUUAAUCGUUAUCGGUUUCAUUGGUAUUAACGGACGAAUGCGAAUGUAUAUGGCGCCACUCGAUCAACCCAUUUCCAACAAGAUGAAAUGGAUUUCCAUUGUACCCGAUUAUAAAUUCCAAACAGUCUAUACCACCAACCUCAACAAUACGUUUUACAUUUUGACAGAUCGUGAUAGCGUAUCGGGAGUAAAAGUGUCAAAAUUUACCGUUGACCCAAGCAAAGCCAGAACGGUGGACAAUUUGCAUCAAUUGACAGAUGAAGCGGUGAUGACGGAUGUGAUUCCGCAAAGGGAGAAUGCAACCUUGGUGAGCGCAAUGCAAUUCGACGAUACAAUCCUGGUGAUAGGAUAUGUGGAAAAAGGGAGAAGCAUAUUGUAUGCAUACGAUGUUGCGAUCGGCAAAGAAAUUCAACAGGUCCUUCCAGAUUUUAUGGGUGAGAUCCAAGAUUCUCGUUCAAACAUUUUGCAUCCUCGUCAAGCCUUCUUGACUGUCUCCACCUUUACAAGUGGCACAGAGAUAUACCAGAUCACGAAAGCAAAGGAUGGCUCCAGCAUUGAGGCGAAUCUUUGGGUGGACAGCAAACCUGCAAGUUUGGAUGCAAGCUCCUUCAAAACAGAACAACGUUUCGUUAAUAGCACAGACGGAGCCCAAGUAUCAUUCUUCAUGUUGCACAAGACAGAUUUUCCCUUUGAUGGAUCAAGACCUGCUUGGAUAUACUUUUACGGAAGCUACGGUACGGCCAUCUUGCCAAGAUAUGAUCCUUUCCUACUCUCUUGGGUAGAAUUGUUUGGUGGCGUUUUGGUCUUUGUUCAAGCAAGAGGUGGUGGUGAAUUUGGCGAUAGUUGGCACGUUGCGGGUACGAGAUCCCAGAAACAAUAUACUUUUGACGAUAUUAUUGCCGUUGCAGAAUAUUUGGUUUCGAAUAAAAUUGCAAAAUCCGGCAAAUUGAUCGGAGAUGGUAGAAGUGCUGGAGGUUUGGCCGCAAUGGCAGUUGCCAAUCAAGCACCAGAGAAUCUAUUUGGCGCAAUGAUACCCGAGAGAGGUCCUUAUGAUAUGCUACGAUACACCCAAUUUCGAGCUGGUGCUUUUCAAAUACCCGAAUGGGGAAAUCCUGCCGAUCCUGCUGCAUUUGAUUGGCUAAGAGCAUAUUCACCUUUGCAAAAUGUCAAUUCGUCAAGAAUGUAUCCGAUGACGAUUCUCUCUGUAGCAGCGGGUGAUGAUCGAGUGCCUCCUUUGCAUUCGUUCAAGAUGAUUUCAGAGUUGCAAUAUAGUCGUCCAAAGUGAGUAAUGUUUGGGUGGACUGAGAUUGAAGAAGUAAAGCUUACUAACGAUUACACAUCCCCUCCUCGGUCCUUCCAGCAACUCGUAUCCACUUCUGAUGUACUACUUCCAAGGCUCAGGUCACAUUACCAGCGAUGCAAGUCGAAGUACGCAGAUCGAAUUGGCCUAUGUCAAGCAAUGUUUGACGGCACGAUGCUUGGAUCUGCAGCCUAUAAAGGACGAACGAUGAGCACGAAUAUAUCUUUUUGAUCCUUAUCGCAAUCAACUCAUGAAUCUCAU